CUUCAGACUUCUCCAUAUUCACUCACCUCUCUCUCUAUCGCUCUCCGUCUCUAACUCCGUUUAAGUUUCGCCAUCUGUUUUUUUUUAUAUAUAAGGAAAAGAAAGAAGGACGUAACAAUAAUGUCAGGUUUUGACGGCGUUGAAAAUCAAAUGAACGGUCCAGAUUCAUCACCUCGUCUCCCUCAAGAUACUUGUGAUCAGCCUUCCUUAUUAUUUUCAUCGUCUCCGUGUUUCCCAAUCACCCUCAAGUUCGUCGAUGUGUGUUACCGAGUGAAGAUACAUGGCAAGUCCAGCGAUUCCGUGAAACUCAAGAGAUUGUUGGGACUUGAACACAAACCGUCCGAUGAGAUCCCAUCAACGGAGAGGACGAUACUAAGCGGAGUCACCGGAAUGGUGACACCUGGCGAGUUUAUGGCCGUUCUCGGACCAUCGGGAAGCGGUAAAUCAACGCUGCUAAACGCGGUCGCAGGGAGACUCCAUGGAACAGGCCUCACGGGAAAAAUACUCGCCAACGACGUCAAACUAACGAAACAAACGUUAAAACGCACCGGCUUCGUGGCCCAGGACGAUCUCCUCUACCCGCACUUGACCGUGCGCGAAACCCUAGUGUUCGUGGCCUUGCUCCGCCUCCCUCGGAGUCUAACUCGAGACGUCAAGAUCAAAGCCGCCGAGUCGGUGAUCUCCGAGCUCGGGCUCGAGAAAUGCGAGAACACGGUGGUUGGCAACACGUUCAUCAGGGGGAUCUCGGGAGGUGAGAGGAAACGAGUGAGCAUCGCUCACGAGCUGCUCAUCAACCCGAGCCUUCUCGUUCUCGACGAGCCGACGUCGGGUCUCGACGCGACGGCGGCUCUGAGAUUGGUCCAGACGCUGGCUGGGUUGGCUCAUGAGAAAGGGAAGACGGUGGUGACGUCGAUUCACCAGCCGUCGAGCCGCGUCUUUCAGAUGUUUGACACUGUGCUGCUUUUGAGCGAAGGGAAGUGUUUGUUCGUCGGAAAAGGAAGAGACGCCAUGGCUUACUUCGACUCCGUCGGAUUCUCGCCGGCGUUUCCGAUGAAUCCGGCUGACUUCCUUCUCGAUCUUGCUAACGGUGUCUGUCAGAUUGACGGUACAACUGAGCGGGAAAAACCUGACGUGAGACAAACACUAGCCAUUGCUUACGAUACAUUGCUAGCCCCAAACGUCAAAGCUUGCAUCGACGCGUCACCUUCUCCCGCAGAGAACGCACGUUUUGUGAAAACAAGAAAAAACGCUCGUGGAAUAAUGUCCGGUCUUGCAACAUGGUUUAGUCAGCUAUGCAUCCUCCUCCAUAGACUUAUAAAAGAACGCCGCCACGAAUCUUUUGAUGCACUUCGUGUUUUCCAGGUCCUCGCGGCUUCACUACUAUGCAGUCUCAUGUGGUGGCACUCAGAUUAUCGAGACGUGCACGACCGACUAGGACUACUCUUCUUCAUAUCUAUUUUCUGGGGGGUACUUCCGUCAUUUAACGCAGUCUUCACCUUUCCGCAAGAACGUGCGAUUUUCACUCGAGAACGAGCGUCGGGUAUGUACACACUCUCAUCUUACUUCAUGGCUCACGUCAUCGGAUCGCUCUCCAUGGAACUCGUUCUCCCGGCAGCGUUCUUGACGCUAACUUACUGGAUGGUCGGUCUACGUCCAGGGCUAAUACCUUUCCUCCUCACCCUUUCCGUGCUAUUGCUAUACGUCUUAGCCUCUCAGGGACUAGGACUUGCCUUAGGCGCAGCUAUCAUGGACGCUAAAAAAGCCUCCACGAUCGUGACUGUGACAAUGCUAGCGUUUGUUUUAACGGGCGGUUACUAUGUUAACAAAGUGCCAUCAGGCAUGGUGUGGAUGAAAUACGUUUCCACAACGUUUUAUUGUUACCGUUUAUUAAUAGCGGUUCAGUACGGAAAUGGCGAUGCGAUAUUGGCGAUGGUUGGAUGCGAACCAAAGGGAACGCAUGGAGCGGCAAAGACGGCUGGGUGCCGGUUUAUGGAGGAGGAAGUGAUCGGAGACAUUGGAUUGUGGACGAGCGUGAGCGUUUUGUUCUUCAUGUUUGUUGGUUAUAGAAUAUUGGCGUACUUGGCUUUGAGGCGUAUUAAACUAUAAAAUGAGAGGUGAGAGGGAAAAUUAUUUUAAUAAAUAAUGAGUGGGUAUAAAUUAAUUUCUAGGCUUUAUAAUUUCUAGUUACCUUAGUUUGUUCGAUUUUUCUUUUUAACAUGUGAAAACCAAAAUUACUAGAAUGUUUAGCUGAUUUAUAAUAAAAAUGUAUAUUUCCAUCUA